AUGAGAUUCUCUACUACCAACCCUGUCUCCAUGACCCACUCAAGCUCUACAUCCACCUUCAAGAAGGUGUUCUCUUCGCUUGUGUCCAAGUUACCACACCAGCAGCCAUCCACCGUCGCUCCCACCAAAGUCCGUGUCGUCGUGUCGCCUCAAUCACAGCAGCAAUUCCACAUCCAGAAGCGUAGCAGUGCCAUUACCAAGCAAGAUGACAUCCAUCGUAAUUUGCGUGAUUACUACACUACACAAAACUCGAGAAAGAGACAGUACGAAGAACCACUCAUGUCGCCCCAUGCAAAGAACACUGCUGAAAGAGAGAUUCGUCAUAAGGCUGUCAAGCAGUAUCAACAAACAAAAGACAAAAAGCAAUCAUGUCAGCAUUGGAAAGAAUAUUCCAACACAUCCUGCAACAUUGUAAAUAAAUCUGCACCGCCCAAAUAUAAAACGCAUGGUUAUGUCAGAGACACAAGAUCCAAUCCCAAUCAUCUUAGAAUCACUGCUAUUAGCAACGCUUGUUCUUCAAGCAGCAUCAUUAGCAAGGAAAAGCCAUGCCUUCCAAAGAGAAGAGAUGAAUUUCAAUGGGGAUCCAAAUCCAAACUAGCCAACGCCUUGUAA